AUCGGUAGGUCAAUUUAACCAUGAGGCUUCACAUGAAACAGAAUAUCUGAUCUCAAAUUCCCCAGGAUUUCCCACCGCUUAUUUCCCAAAACCUUAACCAACGAAACCAGACCUCUUUGCUUGCACCAGUUUUGUUCCUUGUAAUGGACCUGACUACCCCAAUCGAACCAUUGCAGCUCCUCUUCCUCCUGCUUGUGCAUAAACAUAGCACCCCUUCCACAACAAGGCAUCAUUCUCAGUAACAUGUCAAAACCGCCUCAAUCAACAAACAAUGCCCAGAACAACACCAAAUCCAACUUUUACCUAAACAAGCCUACUGCUACUCUCCCUGACAUAUUCCUGACUGCAAUUUCUCUCCUUUUCCUCUUCUCUUCACCUAAAGCCAACCAUACCUUUCUUCCAAAAUUCCUGCCUUUCCCUUCAAACCCACGCCGCUUUCUCAAAAUUCCCACCAUGUUCCACUCAAGGGUCCCCUUUGCAUCCCCACAAGCUCUCUCUGAUUGGCUCAAACCCCGGUUGCCUUCCGACUCGUUAGCCACCUGGGGGGUAAAACCGGGAACCAAAAACGUCCACAACCUCUGGCUGGAACUCUCCGAAGGCGAGACAUCUCUCGUCGACUCCUUCCCUCCACUCCGUACAGUUAAUGUCGUUACGGUUCGUAUAAUCGGCAAAGACAACCUUAUCCUCAUCGAAUCUCGACAAGAAUUGUCGGAUGGUAGUGUCAGGGAUCGGUUUAGACCAUUGUCCGAGAAAAUGAAGCCCCAUGAAACCCCGGAAGAGGCCGUGACUCGUGCUGUAAGAGAAGAGCUAGGUUCGGUAGUUGAUUCCGGGGUCGUGAGGAUUGUGCCAGGGUCUUAUCAAAAGAAACUGGAGGAGCGAAAUUCGGUGUCAUAUCCGGGUUUACCGGCGCGUUAUAUUUUGCAUUCGGUGGACGCGUGGGUGGAAGGUUUGCCUGAGGAAGAUUUUUGUACUGAAGAAAAGGAAGAGUACGAGGAUACCGAUGGGACUAGGAGUUUGGAGAAAGCGGUGUCUGUAAGGAAGCAUUACUGGAAAUGGGUUAGUUCUGAUUCGAUUCAUUCUUGAAUUUCCACAAAUAGAUGCGGAAUUUUUGUUGAAUUAUUUGGAAGUUUAAAGGGUUUAUAGUUUUCUUCUUCUUUUUUAAUUGUUGUGGUUUGAAGCUUUUUUAGAUGCUACGGAUUUAAAGUACCUAUUUUUUUUGUAGUAAUAAAGAAUAUUUGAACUUCUAUAUAUAACAAUGUACAUGAAAACGACAGAAUUAUACUUCA